AACAACUCUCUUACAAUAUUCUUAUCAAUGGGAUCCUCUAAACCUAUGAUCACAAUCCUUCUCUUACUAUUCUCACUUUUUGUUCUUGUUCCCGUUCCUUCUCUAGCCAAUUCAAGAAUACUUGCUCUAGUUAAAGAAAAACCCCUUGUCCUAAAAUACCACAAAGGUGCUCUCUUAAAAGGAAAUGUCACAAUUAAUCUCAUAUGGUAUGGAAAAUUCACCCCUGCACAACGUUCAAUCAUUGUCGAUUUCAUCCAGUCUCUUAGCCCUAAGACCAAAAAAGUUACACCACCACCUUCCGUCGCUUCAUGGUGGCGCACCACCGAGUCAUACAAAGGUGGUCCUUCCGUUAUUACGCUAGGUAAACAGAUAUUCGACGAAAAAUAUUCCGUUGGGAAAUCGUUGACCGACCCUAAACUAGAAUCUUUAGCGUCUAGAGCCACUCACGCUAAUUCAAUCACCGUCAUAUUGACAGCGACGGACGUAGCAGUUGAAGACUUCUGCAUGAACCGAUGUGGCAUGCACGGAUCAACGCGCAUGAAGAAAGAGGGUAAAUUUGCAUCAUUUGCGUAUGCUUGGGUGGGUAACUCGGCGAGUCAAUGUCCGGGUCAAUGCGCGUGGCCAUUCCAAAAACCAAUUGUGGGGCCACAGAUAACGCCGUUAGGUUCACCAAACGGAGACGUUGGAUGUGACGGAAUGGUGAUCAAUUUGGCAACUGUUUUGGCAGGUACCGUUACGAAUCCGUUUGAUGGAGGGUAUUUUCAGGGUCCAGCUAACGCGCCUUUAGAGGCUGUGUCUGCUUGCACGGGUAUAUUCGGGUCGGGUGCUUUUCCUGGAUUUCCGGGUAUGGUUUUGCUGGAUAAAAAGACGGGCGCUAGCUAUAAUGCGCAGGGGUUGAAUGGGCGAAAGUAUUUGCUUCCUGCUAUGUGGGAUCCCAAAAGAGUCCGGAGCCAAAAUGGCAUAUUUUUACAGCAAUUACACCAAAAUAGGCUGUCUUUUUUUUUUUAUACCCAAAUGGGUAUUUCGUUGAUCAUUCAACGAAAUACCCCAGUUACUGUUCAUAGCAGCAACUCUUUUUUUUUUUUUUUUGCUAUUUCGUGGAUUGUUCCACGAAAUAGCUUUUUUUUUUAAAAUUUUUUGCAUUUCGUGGAACAA